AUUGCAGACAAAACUCCAUCAUCUCUCUAUCCUCAGCUCGCGCCCACUUCAUGCCUUCAUAUUACGAGAGUGGUUGUUAGAGAAAACUUCAAGGACAACUUCAAUCACUUGAGCCAUGGCCUCCAUACACUAUUUUGAAAUUUUUGUGGCAUUUUUUUGCCUUGCAAUUUCCAUGUUUUUGCGAGACGGAUGUCGGCGACGACCAUUAAAGGUGCCAUUGCUUGGGAUGUUACCAAGCCUUUUCUUGCAUGUUCACAAGAUUCACAACCGGUGUGCGGCGGUUUUGUCCCUGCAUGGCGGCACUUUCUUGCUCAAAGGCCCGUGGUUUACCAACCUGGACAUUCUUGCCACCGUGGAUCCUCAAAAUGUUCACUAUAUAAUGUCUGGGAAUUUCGAGAAUUUCCCAAAGGGGAAAGAGUUCAAGAAGAUCUUUGAUGUGUUGGGUGAUGGGAUUUUCAAUUCGGAUUUGGAUCUGUGGAAGAACCAGAGAAAGCUUGCCAGGGCUUUGAUCAUUCACCAGAGGUUUCACAAGUUUUUGGUGAGGACGAGCUGGAAUAAGGUGGAGAAAGGGCUGAUCCCGGUUCUUGAAUUCGCGGCGGAGCGCGGCGGCGUUGUGGAUUUGCAGGACGUUUUCCAGCGAUUAACGUUUGACACGACAUGCACGCUUGUGACGGGCUACGAUCCAGGAUGUCUGUCCGUCGAUUUCCCCGACGUUCCGUUCUCAAAAGCCAUGGAUGACGCCGAGGAAGUGAUAUUCAUCCGGCAUUUGCUCCCGGAAAGCCUCUGGAAGCUUCAGCAGUGGCUCGGAAUCGGCCCUGAGAAAAAAUUGAGCCGAGCUUGCGAGAUUCUCGACCAAGUUAUCGGCAAGUACAUCACAAUGAAACGCCAGGAACUAAUCUUGUCCCACAAAAAGCAAAAUCCCUCGUCCCAAAAAUCUAAACAGUCUGAAGAAAAGCAAAAUUUCUCGUCCCAAAGACCUACACAGUCUGAUGAAAAGCAAAAUUCAUUGUCUCAAGGAUUCACACAGUCUGAUGAAAAGCAAAAUUCCUAUUCUCAAGGGUUCACACAGUUUGAUGUAAAGCAAAAUUCUUCGUCGGAAGGGCCCACUCAGUCUGACGAUGACGGACACGAUCUUUUAACAUCGUACAUUAACAACAACGAGGGCGAAAACGACAAGUUCCUAAGAGACACGAUUCUGAAUCUCAUGAUCGCCGGCCGGGACACCACGAGCUCCGCCCUGACAUGGUUCAUCUGGCUAGUUUCAACCCACCCGGAAGUUGAGAAUAACAUAAGAGACGAACUUUCUAACGCCGUCAAAUCCCCCCACAAAUUCCGUCUUUUCAAAUCAGAAGACCUCAAAAACCUCGUCUAUCUCCACGCCGCCCUCUGCGAAUCCUUAAGGCUAUACCCACCGGUCCCCUUCCAACACAAAUCGCCCCUCCACACCGACAUUCUCCCCAGCGGCCACAAAGUGAGCCCCAAUACGAGGUUAGUGUUUUCCCUGUACGCCAUGGGGAGAAUGCAGUUCAUAUGGGGCAAAGACGCGAGGGAGUUCAAGCCCGAGAGGUGGAUUUCCGAGCGUGGAACGGUCAAACAUGAGCCGUCUUACAAGUUCUUGGCGUUCAACGCCGGGCCCAGGACUUGUCUCGGCAAAGAAGUGGCGUUUACCCAGAUGAAGGCCGUGGCGGCCGCCAUUAUCCAUAACUACCAUGUCCGCGCCGUGGAAAACCAUGAUGCUUCGCCUAAUGUCUCCAUAAUUCUCUACAUGAAACAUGGCCUCAAGGUUCGGGUACAAAGAAGAUGGACUUAGCUUGAUCCCGUUUCUUAUAUAUUCUUAAUAAUCGUCUAAGAUGUCUCCGUACGAGGUGUGGUUUGCUUGAAUUUGUUUGAAGUUGUGCCGCGUGCAUGAACGUGUUUCAGAACACUACUAAAACUGUGUAUUAUAUUCCUGUAAUAACAACAAUUACAUUUACUACUCAAAAUUUUACAGUUUAGUAUUUC